UAUCCUAUCCCCAUCAGUAUCCAAUCCCUAUCAGUACCCUAUCUCCAUCAGUAUCCUAUCCCCAUCAGUAUCCUAUCCCCAUCAGUAUCCUAUCCCCAUCAGUAUCCUAUCCCCAUCAGAGUUUAAAAUAAAACCAGUGGGGUGGGGUUCUGCUGCACAUAAAAAAGUGUUUUCUAUCACUGGAGGCUACUCAACCGUACGUCACAGCUUGCGAAGACGAGGCUGGGUGGAGAAGUUCUACCACAUUCCGUUUUCACCCAAGAAAACUUGUGUGAUCAUUGGUCAGAAGUACGGAGCUGAUAUUUCCGAUGUGUUUUGUGAGGAUGAUAGCAGCUAUGACGACUUCAAUGAUGAUAAAAAUGCUAUAGAUAGUCCGCCAUUGGCUAAAGUAGCUAGAAAUAUCUAUGAUCACCCAAAAAUACCACCUUGGGAGGAGGACGGUGGGAUAUACGGAGAAAUGUCUCGAAUGCUCCACGAUAUGACUCCAUCACUGUACUGGGUGUUGCGGCGGGACACUAAUGAUUACAGCUUCCUGAGCAAAAAACAAAUGGUCAACCACUAUGGUAAUGUUACCUGCUUCACUACCAAGGCUGGGCUGUGCACCCAUUUGAAAAAUGUGAUGUGGUUUACAGAUGUAGACGCUGAUACCUUCUUUCCGCGCAGCUACCUUCUUUGUAAUGACGACGAGAAGAAAGCUUUUAUAGAGGACUUCCGGCUAACAGCCUGCAUGAGCAUCGUCAAGGAGGCCAUGAAUCAACAUCACAGAUGCAUGGAGCUUGUGCUGAGGUCUAGCAGUACCUCUGAGGUUAAAAAUGUUGCACCAAAGACUCAGAAAAGAAAGAAGCAGAAGAAGAAAAUGAAGAAGCGGCCUGUGAUGCCCCCACAUGUGCUGGAGAUAGCAGUUUCACAGUGUGAGAAAUUCUUGGCUUCUAAGACACAUGAAGACCUCGACACACCGUCUGAUAUUGGAGUUCUUUCUGAGGAGGAGUGGGAUGAUCUUAUCACAUGGAGCUAUCAGUUAAUUCAGGAAGAAGGCCAGUUUUACAGCAUCCCCUUCAAUCUGAAAGCACAGUGUGAAAGCCUGAUUGAGCGUUUGCCCAAGUAUUUCCCCCAGUUUGAGAUGAGUGGCACACACAAUGUGUGGAUUGUCAAACCUGGUGCCAAGUCUCGUGGUCGAGGAAUCAAAUGCUAUGAAAAGCUGACUGAUAUACUUACACUGGUGUCCAGCCUGGCAGCAAAGAUCGAAGGAAAAUAUGUUGUACAGAAGUAUAUAGAACAUCCUCUGCUCGUCUACAACACAAAAUUCGACAUUCGCCAGUGGUUCUUGGUUACGGACUGGAAUCCUCUGACUGUCUGGUUUUACAAGGACUCAUAUCUACGCUUCUGCUCCCAACAGUUUACUCUGGAAGAUUUCAGUGAAAGCAUCCACCUGUCAAACAAUGCCAUACAGAAACACUACAAGAAUGGGCCUCGCUCACCAAGACUGCCGCUGGACAAUAUGUGGACAAGUGAAGAGUUCAAAAAGUAUUUGGAACAAAAUGAACGUGCGGCAGCUUGGGAUAAGAAGAUUUAUCCACAGAUGAAGCAGGCUGUGAUUGGUGCAUUACUGGUUAGCCAGGACAAUGUAGAGUGUCGUAAGUUCUCCUUCGAACUGUAUGGUGCCGAUUUUAUGCUGACAGAGGACCUUUCCCCGUGGUUGCUUGAGAUCAACGCUAGCCCCAGCAUGGAGUCCAGCACAUCCGUCACGGCCAAGAUGUGCAAAGCCGUCUUGGAGGACACCAUCAAAGUUGUCAUUGACCGCAAACUGAACAGGAACUGUGAUACAGGCAGGUUCGAACUGGCCUACAAGCAACCUCACAUUCCAGCCAUAUCGUACACGGGGAUCAGCCUCUGUGUGCAGGGCCACGCAGUCCCGAGACCUGUCCAGAAGGAGGCAUCCAGCCAGAAGAGAUGCAGUGGAAACAAUGGCUUUAUGACUCAAGACUCAGCAGCAGCAGCACAACUGACCUCGGAUAACCCAAGUUGUGACAACUCACAGUGUAAUAACUUCUCUAUGCUAGGAGUCCGAGACAUGCUCAACAACAUCCUCUUCUGCAAUGGGAACCAGAUCAAGUCAAACACAAGGAGCACUUUUGAGCCUUCAAGCCAUCACUUCCUCUAUACCAUCCCUCGCUCACUCAAACAUGGCAACUCAGUCGACCCCAUUCCGAGGAAGAAGGGCCCGAAAAAGACAGCAGCGGGGAAAUUUAAGAAUGGCAAAGUUGCUCAGAGUCACAAGCCCGGUGCAAGGG